UCAAAAACAUCGCACUUGUCCGCACUCUUCUCUACAGGGCAUAUUAGCGACCAGAGGUAAUUCUCGUAACACACAGGUCCAUUGACACGAAUCCAGUGCGAAUCGACUUCUGUGAUUCUGGGUCAUAAUGAAGAUAGCAGCCUUCAAUGUCAAGAACCUGGGACAGAAGAAAGUCAAAGACCCGAAAGUCAUCCACUCACUCACCAAGAUCAUGUCUCAGUACAGCGUGGUGGUGCUUCUGGAGGUGAUGGAUCAGAGCGGCAAAGCCAUGAACACAUUACUUCAAAACCUCAAAGACACACAGGACCAUCAAUACUCCAUGAUCUCCAGUGACCAGCUGGGACGAGACACCUACAAGGAGAAGUUUGUCUAUUUCUACAGAAACGACGAGGUAACGGUGACCGAAACUUACCAGUAUGAAGACAAUCAGGUUGGAGAUGAAGACGCUUUCGCUAGGGAGCCUUUCGUCCUGCGCCUCAGCUGCCCCUCUGCAGCCGUGAAGGACCUGAUCCUGAUCCCGGUCCACACCAAACCUGAAGACGCAGAGAAGGAGCUGGACGAGCUGCAUGACGUGGUGGAUGCUGUCCGCAAAAGAUGGAAGACUGAAAACAUCAUGAUUUUAGGAGAUUUUAACGCAGAUGGACGAUAUCUCUCCAAGAAGAAGAAGAAAAAGAUCCGUAUCUAUUCUGCUCCUUACCAUUGGCUGAUAAGCGACGACGUCGACACCACGAGUAGUAACUGUAACGACAACACCUACGACAGGAUCGUGGUGUAUGGAGACACCAUGCUGAACGCUGUUGUCCCCGACUCAGCCAAGGCUUUCAACUUCCAGAAAGGGUUCCGUCUGAGUGAUAAGAACGCUCUCAAGGUCAGUGACCAUUACCCAGUGGAGGUGACGCUGAAGACCGGCACAAAAAAAAGAGGACCACCGAAGCCGGUGGCGACCGCCACGAAGAAGCGAGGACAACCGUCCAACCAGUCAACGAAGAAAAGGCGUGUUAGAUAAACAAACAUUCUUGAUCUCAUCUCAGCAAAUAAUUAUUUUAUUUUAUUAGAAUUACACUUAAAUUUUUAUCGGCCACAUACAUUGACUGAAUGUGAUGUUGAAUCAAUUGUUUGUUUGAUUUUCAAUUAAUGCAGACUUUUUUUUUUAAACACUGAAAGAACUGAAUAUCCCUAAAAUCUCAAAUAAUAAGCUAAUUUUCUCAAAGUGAUUGUGAACGUUUGUCUGUUUUAACUCUAAAUGACUAAAUUCCCGAUGUACUGUU